AUGACCGAGGAAGAGCUGUCCAUCCAGUAUUUUGAUGUGCCUGCAGGUGUUCGAGCAGUCAAGUGUGCAGGUGCCGGCGAGGAAAGAUGUGUGGGAGGCCAUGCAGCCCAGGGUUUGUUGAGCUUUGGUGACCUUGUGAAGGUCCUAGCCCUUAACCCGCACGGGUACCCUAAGCUUCCCAAUCUUCAGCCGGUGACAACUGCUGUGUGCCAUGAUCUUGCUUGCACAGACGGUGAUGGAGAGUGGACAGUCUGCCACGGCAAAUCUCUUGAUUUGCGAUGUGCUGCACUUGAUAAUGCCAGCGAGCCUUGCCCUGAAGAGUUGCCCGACCUUGCAGAGGCUAUCGAGGCCUUGGAUGCAGCCACAGCAGCCAGAAGUUUGUGUGCAGUGCAGCGUUCCCGUGAUGCAGGCACGCACCCGGAGCCAGUUGACAUAGAGGUUGUUGUGGACUCAGGGUCCGACGCGUCGUGCCUCCCAAUGAGUUGGGGUACGAUCGGCAAAUCCGGCGGUGCCGACUCCCAGUGGUACCGCGACGCGCAAGGAAACCGCAUAUCAGGCCGAGAGAUGCGCACGGCCACGAUUGAGAUUGCUGGGGUGAAAUUCCGUGAACACUGGUUGCUCUCGAGUGUUACCCAGCCUCUCUUCUGCGUUGGCAAGCUUAUGAAACGAAACGGCUGGGACAUCAUCCAUGAUGCUGACAGGGUUCCGCACCUCACGAGCCCUGAUGCUAGAGUUCGCGUCCCACUGUUUUACAAGAACUACAGCUUGCAUGCAAAAGGUUUCAUCCGAGGAGUCACGGCUUCCGAGGCCGAAGGUCAGCCAGGCAUCAGAGCACUUGAAGUUUCAGGCCCAUGGCUUGAGUUGUCUGAGGAAUUUCACGAAGUUUCUCCUCUUGUGUAUGCCCGGCGGGACUUCAGCGAUUGCUUUGUUGAUUGUUCGGUGGCAUUGUCAGUGCCCCACCUGAGCCUCGGAGUGCAGUACCGCACAACGCUUGUGCAGGACGGUGCAAGUUGGAAUGUCAUUGAGUUGAAUCAGGAUUUGUCUUUGCUUGAACAGCCUGAAGCUGAGUUUGAGCCGAAGCAAACGCGGCAUGUGAUAACCAUUGCUUCUUGUGACAAGAUCGAUGUUGAUGUGCUGUUCAAUCAGCGUGCAGCCGGCCCGCCAGAGGCCGAGCAAGAUGCAAACAUGUCCGAAGCAGGUCUUCCUGAGUUUCCUGCUGAGUCUCUUGAUGAAUUGCUUGAAGAUGCGCCGGCCGGAGGGAUUGGAGAGGUUGACCCAGGUGAAGCCCCCAUCGGUGCCGACGGAAGUGCAGCGCCAGACAACUCAGAGCCCGCCAGAGGCCACAUCGUUGUUGAUGGAGUUGAGCUGCAUGAAGGUUGCAAUCUUAAGACAUUGCGUGCUGCGUGCAAAGCUCUAGGCAUAGGCCAGAGUGGCGGCAAAGCCACGGUGUUGUCGAGGAUUGCCAGCCAUCUUGACAAGCUUAAGUUGCUAGAACGGCACCAAGUCCAGCAUGAUUCGAUUGCCUUGCAAAGUGAGCCGCGUCAGCAAGCACCUGUAGCUGCACCGACGCCCGAGCAAAUCAGAUUGCACUGCCUAAAUCACAUCCCGUACCAGCCGUGGUGUGAGCACUGCAUCAAGUUCCAGGCCCGUGCUGACAAGCACACCCAAGCCAGGGCUGAGACUAGACAGUGCAGCGUGUGUUCGUUUGAUUACUGCUUCACUGAGAGGCCUGAUGGCGAGCGUGGUGAAAAGCUCAUUUGCUUAAUUGCUAAGGAUGCCCACACCGGUGCCUGUGCUGCCAUCCCUACACCUGCCAAAGGAGGUUCGGUAGCUUUUCGGUUUUUAGUUGCCGAGCUUUGCAAGUUCAUCAGCUUUUGUGGCCAUUCCGAAGUCACUCUGCGAUCUGACGGCGAGCCUACUUGCCGAGCGUUGCAACAGGGUGUAAAGGACUUCAGGGAUAAACUUAAGCUUGUUACGCAUCUUGAGCAAGUUGAAAAAGACAGCCAUGAAGGCAAUCCAGCCGAACAGGCAGUUGAGCAGCUGAGACAGUUGACCGGGACACUUUUGUCCCAGGUCGAGCAUGAAAUGGGCCAGAAAAUUUCAACGAUGUCUCCGGUCCACGCGUGGGCUUGGAAGCAUGCAGCAUGGUUACACACCAGGUAUGCGCGGACUGAAGCGCACAGCCCCUUCGAGAUCAUCACUGGCAGGCCAUACCUGGGAAAACUAGUGAAUUUCUGCGAAGUUGUCUAUGCCAGAGUGAAGUCUUCGAUCAAAGGAAAGGCCCGAUGGGUCAAGAUGAUUUCGCUUGGAAAGCUUGGAAUUUCAGAUUUGCAUUUUGGGGCCACACAGGGAGGUUUUCUGAUUUCCAGCAGGAGUGUCCGGCGGCUGCCCAAACAAUUUGACCCGAGUUUUCUUGAGUAUGUCCACGACAUGCCUUGGACACAAGCCUCGUUCCUGGCGGGGCAGUCAGGGCAGUCCAGACUUCAGAAGUCGAUUGCAGGCAAGAGCGAAGAAGCAGCAGACCAAGCCAAGUUGCCAGAGGUCGUUGCCAAUGAUGGGCCGAGGCCCAUGCUGCGUCCAGAGCCUCUUGUGCCAGAUGACACUGCUUUGUCUGCAUUUCUUCCGCCACCUCCACUGCUGAUUUCGCCAGAGCCUCCGACCCCUUCGCGAGUGAAUCCUGCGCUUGGCCGAGCCGUUGGACCUGCAACGCCGGCCGACAUGCUUCCUGCAUUGUCACCUGUUCCGCAGUCUCCAGCGCCGAUGCUGGUUGAGGACAGUGCAAGCGCUGGCGGGGAUGCGCCCGUACCACCUGCUGCUGCGAGCAGCAGCGAUGGAUCUGCUAUGAUCGGCGGAACAGUUCGCCCAGCUCCUGUGCAGGCCGAGCCACCGGCCAGAAAGCGACUCAGGCUAGAUGCUGUUCAGACAGACGCAAGUGGAAAUCAGUUGUUUCAUCAAGAUGAAGACGUGAUCCUUGAAGAUGAGGUAGCCGAAGAAUAUCUUGAAUGCACCGAUGCAGCUGAUUGGGUUGAGUAUGAAAGUGAAGCCGAGCUUGAGGUGCCAUCUUGUUUGAUUAGGCCAUUUUCUGAAAGUGAGCCAAUUUGCAGCCCUGCAGAACUUGAUGAGAUAGAUGCUGUAGCAGACGAAUUUGAGUUUCAGCGGCUGUCGGGAAUUGGGGUCAUUAGUGAAGUGCCAAAUCGACUUGAAGGCCACAGGACGCUUACGACCAAAAGCGUGCGCACAUGGAGGCCAAAGGUCUACAAAGGAUCGAAAGUUUGGCUGAGGCGUUCUCGCCUCGUGGCACGGGAGUAUGCACACUUAGAUCCCGAUAGGCCUGGGUUGUUUUGCCCGACAACGAACCAGAUAAUGCUGCGUGUGAUUCCAGCGCUCUUCUUGAGACGCCGUGAGGAAGGCUGGUCGAUGCUAGCGCUCGAUGUAAGCGAUGCUUUUCUCCAGUGCAGCCAGCAGCACCCGACCGUCACCCGGAUAGGUGAUAAAUGGUUCAAGUUGUGGCGGAUGCUCCCAGGGCAACGGGACGGAAGUGUGACAUGGUACAAUGAUUUUACGAAUGAAAUGAAAGUUGCUGUCGGAGCCGAAUUGCUUCCCGAAAGCCCCGCACUGUUCAGGCUGCCCAGUGGAGCAGGCGGAGGCUACGUGCAUGUGGACGACAUGCUGGCCGCUGGCCAGACCGAAAGGUUGCAGGUUCUUGAAAGUCACUUGAAAUCAAAGUUUAAGGUGUCUAGCGAGUGGAUUGAACACAUAGGGGAUCAAGUAUCUUUCUUGAAAAGGCGCCACAUUUUGGUAAGCCCCACUUUGCUAGUGAUAGAGCCUGACAUCAAAUACCUUGAUCGCCUCAUGCAAGUGACUGGGUUGGCAAAUGCAAAAGAAAGGUUCAAAGCAGCUCCGUUCCCGACCGGAGGUUUGCCCACCGAGCUCGCAUCUGAUCGUGAGUUAGAUGCAGCCACUGCCAGCCGGUAUCGUUCAGGUGUCGGUAUCCUCGCUUAUAUGUCCUCAGACCUUGUGGCUUGUCAAUUUGCGAUUCGAUACCUGACUACAUAUUCUCACUCGCCCACUGAAGGAUCGUGGAAGUUGUUGCGGCACGUUGCAUCGUACAUCAAUUGCCACCGCAACCAUGUGAUCGGGCUCUCAAAGCCUGUGUCCGGCAAGGGCCUUAUCUGCGACAGGUCCCGCGAGGAGAAUGCCACCGUGCUUGAAGUUUGUUCAGACUCCGACUGGAGCGGCUGCAAGAAGACAAGGAAGUCAGUGAGCUCUUGCGCGAUUCUCUGGGAUAACAUGCUGCUAUAUGCACAUAGCAAAACCCAGAAAACCAUCAGCUUGAGCAGCGCCGAAGCGGAAUACAAUUCCCUUGUGUCCGCGGCAGCAGAAGGUAUUUUCUUGUCGGCAUGCAUCCGAUUCCUUCUUCCUGAUUACACACUUGAGCAGAUUUGCCUUGUUGAUAAUUCGGCGUGUCGAGCCCUGGCGUGCCGACAGGGAGUUGGGAAAAUGCGCCACAUCAGUGGCAAGCUUCUUUGGCUUCAGCAAAUGACGAAGGACAAUGUGCUGUCCGUAGGGCCGGUCCCUACAGCUGAAAACGUGUCGGACCUCGGCACAAAGCCACUGAAGGCAGAGCGAAUUGAAAAGCUGCUAGGCAUGAUUGGAAUCAGAUGUGCAGACAACAACUAUGCUGUGGUUGGGGAGUCCUAUCUCCUCUCAGGAAAGGACAGACUGCAUGUCUCCCGAGUCGUCAAGCAAGGAGGGCUCAGUGCCCAGCAAAUCAUCCAAGUUCUAGCCAUGCUUCUCCAAGUUGAUCGCGUUGCAAGUUCGAACGAUGAGCCCAAUACGCAGAAUGCCGAGGACGCCUUGAGCCAGGACGACGACAACCUUGGAGUGUUUGCACAGAUUCUUGAAUGGUUUGUGUACAUGUGUUACCUUGUGCACGAUUUUGCACUUGAGCAUCCGACCGGGAUUAUGCUGAUCGUACAACUGCUGAUCUUGAUUAUGUUGUGUUGCACACUGACAAGUCGCAAUCGCGUUGCAGUGUUGAGGCAGCAAGCUGAGAAUGAUCAAGGCAGUGCGGCAAGCAGCAACACACCCACGCCGAGUGUUGCCGUGCAUGUGAAGGUUGAGGGUUCUACGGUUUCGCUAGCUAGUCCCGAACCUGCCGAAAACCCUAAGCUUAGCAAGCCCACUGCAGAAACUGCCACCAGUGCGUCCAGCAGCGCAGCAGCGCGUGCUGAUGAUCAUGAUGCUCCAGACCCCAGUGCAAGCUCUUCGAGUGCCGGUGCGAUGCCGAAAGCAACGUCUUUCCCGCCUCCGAGGCACGUUAUCGAUGAGUGGAGGGCUGAGCAACUUGUAUGGGUUACCAAAUCCAGAGGCAAGUCAUAUCAUCACAGGCGGACAUGUGGAACGCUUGGGAACGCAAAGGCACUUGAAAGGAUCAGCAGGCAAGAAGCCAUCAAUCGAGGCUUCAAGAAGUGCAAAUGCUGUUACGGCAGUACUUGA